UACUUGGUCGGUCUUCUGACUCUGUUGAUGAUCAUCUGAGAUUGAAAUUGUUGGUCAUGGAGAAAGCGCAAUUGAUACUGUUGGGUUUACCAAUAUUCUUAUUUUGUUCGGAUUUAUUCAACCUAUUCACUCCUCCGCCUCCGAAACCUCCGCAUCACCUUCCUCAUCAGCCACCACCGCAUGUUGUCCCUCACCAGCAGCGUGUCAUAUCCGAAACUCUAGAUUUCCCUUCUCAGAAAGCAAGUGGCUUGGGAGCAGUUGGAUAUGGAAACACCGUGGAGAUCAACUUCUGCGUCUCCUGUUCUUUCAAGGGAACUGCAGUGACCAUGAAGAAGAUGUUAGAGACGGAGUUCCCAGGUUUGGACGUGAUCCUCGCGAACUACCCAGCACCAACACCAAAACGCCUACUAGCUAAGGCUGUACCAGUUGUUCAGAUGGGAGUUAUUGGUAUGAUAGUUGCAGGUGAUCGUGUCUUUCCCAUGAUUGGAAUUACCCAGCCACCUGCUUGGUUCAACUCCUUGAGGGCCAAUAGAUUUGGAUCCAUGGCCUCCACUUGGCUUGUUGGAAACUUUCUGCAGUCUUACCUUCAAAGCUCAGGAGCCUUUGAAGUUCUCUUCAACGGUGAACUGGUGUUUUCUAAAUUGAAAGAAGGUAGAUUCCCGGGAGAGAUCGAGCUGAGAGAUCUCAUCAGUAAAAAGUUGACAAGACCGAGCAUCGUCUCAGGUAGUUACUGAAGAGCAGUAUCAUCAGCAGACAGAUAGUGUCGAUAUGAAAAGGUAUAUAGAGAAGGUGUAACCUUCCUUUCCACAAGUAGUGUUUCGAUCUCUUAUGCUUAAAAAGCUGCUGAUGUAGCAUUCACUUGGUUUAACAAGCUUUUUACUCUUUGAUUCAAUUAUUUUUAGUUGCAACAGAUGAUUUUAUUCAUAACCCCUCUUCAAGGAACUUUAUUUAUAAGAAAUUGUGUGGAAAUUAUACAAGACACACAUAUUGAUAUCAAUAUACAUAAUGGAGAAAGAUGUAUACACUGAGAAUUUCAUUUCAUCUCAGACAAACUGAACAUGUGUAACUGAAAGUUCUCGUUUCUUCUUCAGUUAUUUUUUUUUGGAGG